AUUGAUACAAUUUUUGUACGAAUUUCAACAAGAUUUGGAAAUUUAUGCUUGAUUGACCAACUUUUAUUUGCAAAACGAGCCACGAUCGUAUAGUGGUAAGGAUGGAAAUAAAAUUAAGUGGGUACAAGUAAAACACGUUGGGAUUGUACGAGUAUGAAGCCGCGGACUCAAGCAGUAAGGCAAAAUUCACUUUCGUUGCCGGUUGACGCAAAGAAAAGUUAAUUCAAGAUCUGCCUCUGGUGACUGCAGAGCUAAAGUUUGCGGAACAAGAACCACAAGUUAAAAUUUGCGACAACGUAAAACACAAAAAAUUAUUUUGUCGUUAAUAAAACGAAAAAAUCAUUUUUUACAACAAACCAGUUUAUAACACAAUAAACGCCUAAAAUUACCAAUAAAAACGAAACCAAGGUCAAGUCAACUAUGUGAAAUCAACAUAAAAGUUACCAACACAGUUUAAAUAAAAAAUAAAGUGUAUUUUAUAAGAAAUAAAGUAAUUUCUUUGUGUAAACGAUGACGAAACUGCAUAUUGCAAGAACACCGCGUCAGAAGAGUUUCAUCUUUCUCUCGAUGAUCGUCGGUCUGUAUUUGAUAAUUCAUUUCGCGCCUUCUGUCGAUAAAAACUAUCUAAGUUGUGAUAGACCUUGUCACGACUAUGAUUGGCCAAUGAUUUGCCGUGUAACUUUAACAAUUGAUAACAAUAGUUGUUCUAAGAAGAACUCUUCAAUCAAUGAUAUUCUUCACUCUGUAAGGAAUUUGCUCCCUGGUCCAACAAUCCAUGUUUGUCAAAAUGAUGUAGUGUUUGUCACUGUGAUCAAAAACCUUCCUGGUGAACUAAAAUUCAACUGGCAAGAUUCACAAACAGCAAAUGAUGAAGGUGUCGUCAUUCAACCGGCUAAUGAAACUAAUAUACAAUACAAAUUCCGUGCUACUUACCCAGGCACUCACCUUUGGAACGCUUUCAUUGAUAAUAUACGCUUUACUGGAGCAAUCGUAGUGCGUAAAUCACCAUUAAUGAACAUCGAGAAGAACUUUUACGAUGUAGAUGAUCGCAAUCACACUAUAAUGCUAAGUGAAUGCAACGACAAGCAAAAUAUGAUGAUAAAUGGUCAAGUGGACAAUGGAAAAGUGUUUCUUGUUGAUUACGGCAAGAAUUAUCUAUUCCGCACUGGGAUUUUCAGGUGCAUCGUCUUGUAAAAUCAAAAUGGAGAUCGAAGAUCAUCAAUUAUACGUAAUCGCUGUCAAUGGCAACACAAUUGUACCACAAGUAUUCAGACAUAUUACUCUUAAAGAUGGUAAAGAGUGGAUUUUGUGAUAAAAGCACAAAAAGAAGCAGCUGAUUAUAAAAUAGUAUUCUCUACAAGUUGUUAUGGAAAAGAAGGAAGUACCAAGAUGGCGGUGUUGCGAUACAUCGAUGACAUUAGCACUAGUUUUGCAAAUGCUAACAAUCAACGCUGUUUAAAGUUUUAGACGUAAUGGGAUGUAAAUAAAUCUAGAUUUAUUUCUUUAAAUAUUUCAUGAAGUCACAAAGUAAAAAUGUCGAUUUAAAUAACGUGCAGAAACGACAAGAACGGAAUUGAACGUGUAAAUUAUGUGGUGUACACUUAUUGGACUUUUGUGAUUGGUGGGGCAGCUUCAGCGAGCGGUUUCGGCAUGUUGGUUAAGUUAUUGUUGGAGACGUUACCAUUGUACCGUCGACCACCACGCUUUCCGCGAGAUUUCUUCCCUGCCCCGCCGCCUCCUCCUACGGAACGAUGAAUCGAAGCAUCGCGCUUGUCUGUCGUAGCUUCGAAAGCGGAAUCUGCCUCACCUACUACGACAGCUUCCGAAAACUGUUGCGAUAAAGAUUGAUAAUGUUUGAGAUAAGAUUUUAAAAGUUUUAUUGUUUUUAUAUUUAUAGAUAGUUACCUGUUGUAAUAAAGAACUUUGUUGUU